UGUAGCACCAGCGCUCGUUCGUCUGCAGUGUGUUGCGUCUAGGUUGCCGGGAGACUGGAUGAGAAGCGCAUCUCGCUCUGCUGCUGUCGCUCAAUUGCAACGCAUUGCAUUUAUGGGGAUUUUGUGCAUGCAGUUUCCAGCCCAGAUCGCCUAAUUAUCGGCUCGAUCAGUGUGGUCAUAUCGGACGCAGGAAAGCAGCAGAUGGAUUUAAAGCGGCUCAUUCAGUUGUGUGUAUACCGUUUGGUGUAGGCGGCUCCAGUCUUGUACCUGUGUUCUGUUUUGUGUGAAUGUAUCAGCUGUAUAUGCCGCUUGCUCGAUCGUUAUUUUUACGCACGAUUCAUACGUACCACUAACUAGUGCGAGUGAUUCAUUGAAAUCUGCACGAUGCCAUUGCCGGCAAGGCUCUACCCAUUGCAUACAAUCAGGAUUCUAUAGAUCUGGUAGUGUGCUUUUAUGUAGAGUAGAGUAUACAUUGGAGUGAUCACCGGCCAACUUGCUCGAGCUUAUGUUAUAUACAUUGUGGCUCAGUUGGGAUUUAGUGUCUGAAUAGAGACAGUGAAGAUCGGUUUGAGCACAUCAAAACUGUGCAUACUUCAUGUACACCAAAACCAGUCUGAACGGAGAGGAAUAUUACACUGCGAUUUAGGGCCAACAUAUCUGUAUCAGAGCGGAUAAGGGCCUAGAAGGAAUCCCACUCAAGCCCAAAGCUCGUUCAUUUCUGAUUACGAAAUAACUCAAGGAUUAUUCGAAGUCUCUCAUUCAUGUCAUUGUGAUUGUAUCUGGAUGUUCAAAAUCUUGCCACGUCUCUUCCCCACACAAUGGCCUACUGAGACAACAUCGACAUCACUUGGAAAUUCUUAUCACGGUGGCUGGACCAGCUGCAAAGGUGACCCUCUGGCGUUCACAGGGCCUAUAUGCUAACCUAUGGAUUAAAUGUACUGAAAUUUGACAUGCUUCCUUUUACAUCAUGUCUUUGCCAAUCAAGCAAAAGCUGGAAGAAUGUGGACCCUGAGAGGCGAGGUGGGAUCUCAUUUGAAAAAACUGACAAGAAUGCUCUCUAUGUUCGUAUGCUAGGAGAUGUUGUGGUACGAAACCGACCAGACAUAGCCAAAGACCGGCGUCACAGCAUACUCUCAGAUGCUGAUUAUAAGUUAAUAGAAUCACUUGAAUCAAGUGACAACAAUAAACCUCGAUGUGGUCUUCGAUUUGCUAGUCUUCACCGGACUCCCCGGCGCCACCGUCCUCGGCUCAGGUGCUCCCCAGAAAAUGCUUCCAUACUUGAUGAGAUAUACACAGGCCAAACAAAGUGCCUCCUUUCCACAGUAGGAAACUGGGACUUCAACAUUUUUACACUUGACAAACUAACUAAUGGGCGACCAUUGUUCUAUCUGGUCACGCACUUGUUAGUAGAGCACGGCCUAAUCAAACGCUUUAACUUGGAUAUGGUCAGAGUCAUGAGAUGUAUAACGAUGAUAGAGGAGAGUUACCAUAGCAACAACCCGUAUCACCAUGCCGUACAUGCUGCCGAUGUGACCCAGGCUAUGCACUGUUAUCUUCAGGAAGAUGUGAUCGGAAGUUGUAUGACACCGUUGGAGAUCAUGCUAGCCAUUCUUUCAGCGUCGGCCCAUGACAUCGACCAUCCCGGCGUCAAUCAAGGAUUCCUCAUAGCAACCAAAAAUCAUCUCGCUGAUCUUUACCAGAAUCGGUCAGUGUUAGAAAACCACCACUGGCGAACAGCGAUGGGGAUAAUUCACGAGUCGGGAAUAUUCAAUCAUUUUGAUGCGGAAGAGUGGAAGCAGACAGAAAACCAACUCAGGUCAUUGAUAUUAGCCACAGAUAUCACCAGGCAGCAAGAAUUCUUGCGCAAAUUUAAGAAAUUAUUAGACAAUCAAGAAUUUCGGUUGAAGGAGAAUGAGAGUCAUCGGCACUUUGUCCUGCAGAUCGCACUGAAAUGUGCUGAUAUCUGUAACGUCUGUCGGCCAUGGGAUACAAGUAAAAAAUGGAGCCAUAGUGUCUGUAAAGAAUUCUUCCAACAGGGUGAAUAUGAGCGAAAGUUAGGAUUACCAGUGACGCCACAAUGUGAUAGGAAUAUAACCAGUGUAGCAAAAAUACAAUCAGAUAUCACCCUGAGCUUCAUCCAACACGUUGUGCAUCCGUUGUUUCAAGAAUGGAUACGGUUUCUCCCGACGAAGCUCAGUCGCGUGAUGUUGGCGAAUUUGCACCGCAACCGCGACAGCUGGGAGGUAAUCAAAGAGCAGCAUAUGGUGCCACCCCCGGUGGAAAAGAUCGAGGAACUGGUCGAAAAGACCGACAUGAUUGAGGAAAAUGAAAAAGAGAAUUCACACGUUACAUUUCAAUUUGCUGAAAAUGAGAAAACGGAGACGCAAACUAUCACGUUUACGGAGGAGGGCAAAUUAGACUCUGAUGAAGACGCCAUGACAUCCAAUAGUGCCAUAGACAACCUCGGAGACAUGAUCUCUGAAACUCAUUCUCAUUAUGAAUUAGAAGCAGACGAUAGUAAUAUAGAUAUUCCUAUACGCCUCAAAUUACGGAGGCAUAGUCUGCCGCCAAAUGUACCGAAGGUGGAGGAAUGCAAUAUUUUUGUGCGGCGACAGAGCUUUCCACAUGUCGGUAGUAAACAAUCAUUAAAUAAACUCAUGUAUCAGAAGACUACCUCAUAUCAGGGUAUAGCGGCUGUUUCUGACUUUGAUCAAGACGGGAAUAGAAGUGCUAGUAUGGAGACUUUAUUAGGUCAGCGGCCAAGGAUUACUUCUCUUAGCCCUAGUGUAGAAGCCGCUCGGCUAACUGGCGUAUCACCUACGCCUGAACUCCAGAAAUAUCUAAGUACGCGACGCGCGUCAUUCCCGUUGCAAAGGACGAUUAGCAAAACCACUUAUACAACUGCACGGUUGUCCUUGCAGAAAAAUAUACUUGUGCGGGAACCACUUGCUCAGAUUCACGACAAUAAGGAUAAAAAUCGUACGCCAUUGCGGUCUGGGCGCCCCCCAUCACGCUCUUUCCCUCAAGAAGGCAGCAGCAAACGGGAUUUAUUCUCAGUAUUUCCGGAACGGUUAAGAGAGAAACGAUUCUCCGAUCCGGGUGCUACGAUACCGCCAUAUUUGCUCCGUGCAUUGGAAAUGCGUGCAAUGAAGGCCCAAGAGGAGGGCUCCUCUGAAAGUAUACAUUCAGAGGCAAGUGAAAACAAUAGGACGUUCAAACCCAGCCGUCUGCUGGGGCGUCGGCUGAGUUUGGAAGGAAGCCAGGAGUUGUUACAUCAUGGAGGAAGCAUAGGCAAGUAACUCAGGGAUGUAAGAAGAAUACUUAGAUGUAUCAGCCUCUUAGAACCAGGGUCCCCCCCCCCCGACCCAUCCAACCAUCAACACCAACCUCAUCAUCACAAAACCAGACAUCGGAUAAUCACCAUCGUAUUGGAGAUUGAGUUACGGGAUCCGACUGACAAUACUCGCUCUUCUAUACACUGCCAUACCAGUUUAUUCUACUCCAAAUUGUUGGGUUGUGCAUCUGUUUUCUGUAUCACACUGUUGGGGUUGAGUGCUAAUGGUGAUAUCUGUGACAAUGUGCAAGAAGCAAAACUUGUCCUAGAAAGAUCAAUCUUUCUUGAAAUCUGGACCUGACCAAUUCAAAGUCAUCCACAUUAGUAUGGGUCAGAAGUAACAGUAUGUCACUCUGCAUUCGAUGUGUGUAACAAUUACUUAUCCAUCACUUUUGCAGUCUAGCAAGAUUUUAAAAGAAUUGUUUCUCAGGUACCACCAUCAACCUCAUUUAUUAGAUCAAGGUGCCACAGUUCCAACUAAUCUUGAGGUGGAGUUAUCUUUAGGAACAUAGCAAGGACGUUAUUGUGUCUUAUCAUUUGUUUUCUAUUUUCGUUUGAACAUUUUGGUGUUACUAGCAGUGUUAUAUAACACUUGAAGUGUCAUUUUAUGUCAUGAUCAGCUCUUUGUCUGUUUACUUUAUGUAAAACUCUGACUGGGUUACAAUGAGGAGUUUUCAAAAUGCUGCAUGUGUAUAGUUCUUACUCAGAGAAGUUGUACUGAUAAAGAGUAAAGGCAUAAUUUAGAGGUUCGUAAAGUGAACUGCAAACAAGUGAUUUGAAAGCUGUAACUUAUGAUUAUGAUUGCAUGCAAGAAGGAAACUGUCGCAUCAUGACAUAUUGACAUCAUCAUUUGUUGAUCUUUGACAUUGCUUGACAUGUUGAUGGCCAAUAUGGUGACGGUGUGACGUCACGUGAAAAGUUUCUAUUAAGAAUUUUUUCAUGAUCUUUGAGGUGAUGUUUGAGAACAAUCGAGGGAGUAUCUUGGGAUAGAGACUCGAAAACGAACUUGUUGAAUGGGUUUCAGAUUGCAUUGCAUGGGGUAUAUGUAUAAUGUCAAAUUCAAAACCUUGGCCAAAUUUGGAAUAACUCAACUAUCAUGCAUGACAACUAGCAACAGCAGUGAUACACGCUUUAACUAAAUAACAUGCUUGAGAAGUGAAUGAAAUUGUCUUUGAUUAUUGUAAGUCUUACUUGUCAAGUUUCUCAGCAUGGAAUCUAAAACUGUUUUUCAGUAUCCCUCUGCUGUUCUUGUUUUUAAGUUCAUUACCUCCUUUAGUCCCGUUAGCCAGGAGAUUUACAUAUUAGGGCUCAUUAACCCUGGGUUUAUUUGUUAGUAUAGGAGAUAUUACGUGUAUACUCUGAUAAGUUUCAGGGAUAUUUCAUUUCUUAGCUGUUUAGGACAUACGUGAAAAGAGUAAUGAUGGUCAAUUUGUUACAUUUGAAUUAAAUUUUAUACUCAAAUGUGUACACAUCUGCUUUUAUACCAACAUUUUUGUUUUGUCCUCAUUCUUGAGAAAGUGUAAUGUUCACUGUCAAAUCAUUUAUUCACAGCUUAAUCUUUGCAAGACACAUCUCAAGUAUAUCUCUGGCUCCUAUCAGCCAUCUUUUGUCCAGUUCCAACUUCAAAACGACCAUGAUUAUUCCCGAAAAUUGCUGAAAUACCAUUUAAUGUAGCAUAGGAAAUCCCACCAUGCAAUGAAGAUCAGUUUGAGAAUGAGCAAAGCCUCAUUUCUGGAGUAUCUGGACAAAACUGGAGGAGAUGUGAUGAUAUAUGCGUUCUUUUCGUCACGAAUCUUUAACCUCCUGUGGCAUUGUGGCAAUUUUAUUCAACGGGUUGAUUCUUUACAGGGUGUUGGUGAUUUCUGUUUUAUAAUCAGAACAAUACAAAAUUCUCACCAGGUAUAGGCACUUUUACUCGAGAAGAAGCAGUAUUGGGUGUAUGUGUACAUGCCAUAAAAAACAGGUAAUGAAUUUUUGAUGAAUGGUUUGCUUGAGACAAUCUACAAUAACAGAUAAGGAUUGUGAAAUGUGUCUAUGUUUAUGGGCAAUCCCUAAAAGAAUGGCAUUUGUCUCAUCAAACUUUUGUUGCUACUUUAGGUGUUAAUAAACGGUGUCUUUACAUUAAGUAGAGACAUCUAUAGUUACUUGUAUCAAACUGUGUUGUCUAUAUUGUUUGUGUGUAACAGAUGACAAUGUUGGCACUACGGUUUCACUUCUAGUAGGUAAGGUAAGGUGGUACAGUUAUAACCCCAGUGCAAUAUCAUAGCCUCGGUGUGCAUCAAUGUGUAUUUCCGGUUGUUUUCUACACUGUAUGGGCUAUAACCGGGUAAUUAUAAUUGUACCACUUUACCUUAUUGUGUCCUGGUAUAGACUGCAGUCUGGUCAUUAGGGAUGGAGGUGUGUGUCCAAUCCUGACAGUCACAAUUAGAACUCAUCCCAAAGGGAAAAACCUGUGUCCUGUCCUGACUAUUCAAAAUGAAGCGGCAGUUGUAGACUUGCCAGUACCCUAAAGUAUACAUUGUGUUUGACCAGCAAUUAGUCAAAGAAGGAAGAAUGUAGGGAACAUUUAGUCUACCACACUGCUACGACAAUAUUGAUGCGGACCAGAACCAUACAAGUAUAUUCCUCUAACUAAGUUUAGGGAUGAAAUUUGGCUUAUUUUAUAAGGAAAAGUUAUUUUUAUGCCUGUUGUCUUGUUAACCAGCCUAUUACAGAUUCAUUGGCGAUGUGGCCUGUCUAUCUGAAUCUUGGGUAACAGUGAUUUGGCUAAAUAAUGUCUUUUUGUGGUAUUUGAAUUUCACCACGGAUCUUAUCGUAUGUAUGUACUCGUAGGGUUUUUUACACUAGAGCAACAGUUUGUCUCAGUCUAGUUAAGUCAGUUUUUAUGUCAGUCUUGGAUUGUAGACUUGUAUUUUAGGCUCUAUUGUGACCAGUCAUGUUGGUUGUGUCGAUGGAUAACUGGAAUCAUCAAGUUUUGAUGAUGUUAUGUUCAUAUGAUCUAAGCUGCAAGUUGAAGAAACUGCGACAUUUUUUCUCUUCUGUUGAAAUUGUAAAGCUUUCAAAUUGCUUUUGCAAUAAAUGAGGGUUUGUCUUUUAUAUGCUGAUGGAUGGACUCAAACCUUUUAAAACCUUCAGGAAACUGACUUGUAAUACUGCACAGAUAUUUUGGUGCAAACAUACAAUUCAGUUCCAUUUUAUGAUUUUUUGUGAAAAGUUAUUUAGGACAUUUCAUGGGAUGUCUGUUUAUUUGACUUAGAAUAAAAAUCGUCAAAUUUGAAUAUGGUAAGGAGAAACUCUAUUGGAGACUUUCACAGUUGUACCUUUCAGGCUUGAUGGAUUUUAGUCUUACCAGUUCACCAAACAUUGGUACAGUCAAAAUAUACUUUUUACAGAACAAAUUAGACCCAGACAGUUUGUAUAGUGGUAAUGUAAGACAAUGUAACAGUCCAAUGCUGAAUCAAUUAAAGGACAUAUUGGGUGAUAUGAUAUAGUAAAUGCUUUUACUGAAAAUUUUGUGUGCAUUUACAUGAGGCUUUUCUGUAAAAACUGAAGUAACAGCGUUACUGGUAUUUGUUCAUAUCACCCAUUGUCAUGGAAGCAUUGUCUUUAGAACCAAAAUGUGAGUUGCUCCAGUUCAGUAUGCAGAUAAUGAAAAUGUGCUGUUGGGGUUGGGCUCAACAUUAAUUUAUUGUUAUCAGUUAAUUCAGAGAGGAGUAAUUACAUUUUUUUGUGAAGUUGGCCAAAGGUUUAAUUGUAAUUAACUAAGGGAUUGAAUUACUCAAUGUACAGCCUUGCUUAUAGGAACAUCCUGAAAUAGAAGAAAUAAUAUAACAUGACUUUAACACAUUUUCCAUUAAAUUCCUGAAACAUUUGUGCAUGGGAAUAACUUUGUAUUUAGAACUUACUGAAUGGCUUAUGGUUCAUAGCCCCUAUGAGUAUCUUAUCAAGAUGUGGCUAAGAAUUUGAAUAACUGGCUUCAUCAACUCUAAAAGACUGUUCGCUGCACAUGCUGUCAGGGACAGGGACAUAAAAGGUCAGAAUUGAGUACAAGUACCCCAUCGAAUCUGCUCGGAAGCAGUUACAUAUGUACCUUUACAGAGCUUAUGAGGUGGUGGAAAUACAACAAAAGAGGUAUUACUGUGACAGCAAAACGUCCUGCGUGACAUCACAUUUGAAAUCGACAAGAGGCAUUACUGACAAUGUCACCAUAGUCCUUGUUGCUGUGCUGCAAGAUUCCCAUGAACAUGUAUUUGCGCGACUGUUAAUGUUCCUGUUGAUAGACAGAGUUGUUGGGGUUCCUGUUAAGUUUGUACGGGCCUUGAAAAGGUCCACUUCAUCAUUGUCAAAACUUAUUGAAAUGACCAUUUGUUGGAAUGCUCUCAAUGUGCGCAUUUCAAUGGAACAGUUGUACCUUUUGUGUUAAAGAUGAUUUUAGUUGCGAGGUAUAAUAACGUAAUUUUCUGCAAUUUUUUCGAAUGGUCUUAGUCCGAAGAGUUAAAAGUGAAUGACAGGAUGUAAUAGUUGUAAUAGGAUGCAGUGUAAGGUGUGUGAAUUGAGUCCAGUUUGCUGGUCCUAGUAUUUUGUCAUGCUAUGGUCUAGUGUCCAUGUAUUGUACAGCUUUCGUGUAAAGAGAAUAGCUCUUGUAGUGAUCACAUACAACACAUAGAGAAAUUUUAUGCCAAAAUUGGAAAUUUGUAAUAGCAAAGGUAUGAAUGGUUAGGCUAUGUAAUUUAAAAUUUUUUAAUAUUAAAGGACUACUUCAU